AUGCCGAUGAUCUUCUGCAAACUACGUGGGCCCUCUUAUUCGCUUGGGAGUUACAGUUUUCGGCGCCGGCCGCUCUAGAAGGCGGCGGCCUCGCCGUCGCCGUCGACGAGGGUCGACAGGGCCUCGUCGGCUCGGAACGGGUUGCGGAUGGAGCAGUUGGCACGGAUCUCCCCCUGGCUGCCGGUGAGGACAUUCAGCAUCCCCAUCUUCGCCACGGAGUAUGCGAAUUUCUCGAAGAAGAGGCUCUGGUCAACGGCGAAGCUGAUGACGAGGUCCCUGGUCUUGCUGUCGGUGUGGAGAGUCUGGUCGGAGGUGAAGAGCCCCUGCUGUUUCAUCAGGUUAACGUAG